AUAUUUAAGGGCCUUGUAAUGCACGAGAGCACUUUAGUAAGGUGACACAGCGCCACUGAGAAAGGCGACAGCAGCAGCAACAGUAGUCUUCGAAAUCUUGGAACGUUGAUUUGAAAUCAAUUUCAUUGCAGGCACUCGCUCCUGCUCCUACAAAUACCUCCACACUGUACGCGCUGCUAACGGGAAAAAUAGUGUCGCUACACUCCACAACUUAUUAAACAGAUGAACAUUUGUCAGACCGAUUGGUGUCAAUGCUGAGACCCUCGACCGCCGAUACCAAGCUGAAGCUACUGAAGACCUUGCACUUGUCCAAAAACCUUGCUGUUUGCAAAGGCUCACGCACCGGCAAUACCGGCAACAAUUUGGAACUUAAAGUUCUAACACAAAUUCAACACGUACCGUGAACACACACUUGGCCUCUUUGGAUAACGUGAGCAAACGUGCAAAACUUCAGUAGACUUCAUACGAUUUGGUUAUUUGGUUAUACCUGGAAAUAAUUAUAUAAGAUCCACUUUUACCUCCACUCUCCUCCUACAAAAUGGUUUAUGCCGAGCGCACGGAACGUCACAUUUCGCCAACAGAUCAGGGCACCUCGAACGCAUCAAAUGGUAAGCCACAAACGGCAUCUACCAAAUAUUCUUCGGGCAGCACAAACACUUCCAGCAAUUCGAAUUGGGGCAGUCAGAAAUCGUCGUUAGAGGAUAAAUGGAAGUAUAAUAAUAUGGUGCGCAAUGACCGUGAAAAGUUCAACAGUUUGCAUUUCUGCUGAUUGUCGACGCGCAAUGUUACGCUCGCAUCCCAUCCCCAUUACCUCACCACACCUUUAGUUUAGUUACGCCUAGUUAAUAAGUUGUUGAGCUUUCAGUAAGAACCUUGCUAAUGUGAUGUACAUAUAUAACUUAGUCAUAAAUCGGUACAUCUGUAUGUAACAUACAUAGAAACAUUCGUACUUAUAUACUCGUUAUAAUAAAAAAAAACGAGUGUUAAUUAAUAAAACUAUGUACGUCUGUCAGUCAGUAUGUACAUAGGUGGAUAAUAAAUUUCUUAUUCACAGCAUGUCAUAUAAA